UCAAGGAUCAUCUAGUCCAGCCCCCUGAAAUACAGGAAUCUCAACUAAAGCAUCGAUGACAGAUGCCCAUCCAACUUCUGCUUAAAAAGUGUAGGAAUCUAGGAUGAAUAGGGAGGAAGGACUUCUUUUUUGCUUCCCAGUGGGAUGAUGUAAUUUUAUGUUUUGCUUGUUACAGAUGCUUUGCAUUUUGGUUGUGAGCUGCCCUGGGGAACUGAAAAUGGUGGGAAAGGCAAAAAAUGCAAAAGGCACGGCCAGGCCAAGCUAAAAACCUAACUACGACCCGUUAGGGCUUACCAAGCAAGUCUCACAAAGCAGUUUGCAUUAAUACAUGUAUAAAAAUAAACCAUCCGUUUUGAGAAGUUGUGUAUAAAUCAAACAAACACAAUGGGAAAAUAAUUGUUUUGAAAGCAAGGUCAUUUAUUUAAAGAAGUGGGAUUCUGGCUGGAUUCUAGAUAGAGUAGUAAAUGAAGGUUGAGCUGGAAUAAUGGUUGUAAGGGUUCAGAUGGCCUGUCUGCAGGCCUUAAUUCGAACUCCCUGGAGUGGGCUAUUGGUGCCAGGACACAAGGUAAGUCCUUAUGGAACCAAAUUCCAAAACAGAAGAUAUGAAACGAGGAGAAAUGCAAGACCAAAAGAACCGGUAGCCAAAUCUCGGAUUGACUGGCAGCGAACUAAGGGAAGAUGUAUAUUGUUUGAUAGCGAGGAAGAGAGUGAUGAAAUUACAUCAGCAUCAGAAAAAGAACUUGAAACCAGUUCAGAUGGUGAUUCAGAUGAGAGAGACAAAAGUGAACCCAUACACAAUGAGGAUAAAGAUGAAACUUCGGUGAACGCAGGUGGCCUUCCAGAUGUUGAGACAGGUGGUGAUUGUGCAGCAGGAGAGGACGUAGAUGAAGAAAGCAUCAACCUUGUGAAACGCAAGAGGUCUCGGAGAACCGUACUGUAUGACAGCGAUGAUAGUGACAAUAGCGACAUUGUUAGGAAAGUGUUUGCCAAACGCAGUUGCAUAAUCGAUGAGAACGACUUGUCCGCUGAACGCACAUCACCUGCAGAAAAAGAAGCAAAGAGAAAACAAGGCAGGCUAAUGAAACUGCAGGAACUGUCCCGACGGCGAUCUACUCGAGCUUCCGGCCUCAGUGAAUGUCAUGAGGAUUCUGAAGAGGAUGUGAUAAUAGAAGAUGAUUCUUCCCAUUCAUCUCUCACACCUGCUGAAAUCAGUGAUGCAUCUGAGGUUGACAGCAUGAAAGAUUUCAUAGUUGAGGAGGAGGAGGAGGAGUUGGAACAAGAAAACUCUGAGGAAGACAAGAGCCAGUCACAAAAGAAAAAGCAGGCUAUGUCAGGCACAUUGCUGCAGAAGUGCUUUCCAUACUUGGCCCAUGUUGAUCAUUUUGUCCAUUUCCAAAGAGUUGUAAAGGCGUUUCUCAUCAAUGCAGUUGACAAUAACUUUUUGAUGUCAUUAUAUGAGGGGAGAAGACAAAAGAAGUAUGCAAAAGAAAUGUUGACUUCCCUUCGCUUCUUCGACAAUGAUUUUGUUCGACCUCGUCUUGACAAUUUAGUGGCGAGAAGUCGCUGGACAGAAAAAUAUACGAAACGGGUGGAUAGUUAUCCUGACAUCCGCAUAGUUAAGGGAAUUGGAGAGCACCGUUCCUGUCAAGCCUGUGAACUGCAGAGGCACUGUAGGUUCACAGUGAUUCUGUCAGGGAAAUCAUAUGAUUGUGAGACAAUGCAAGUAGACGACUUCAUGUCACAUGACAAGCAGGCGUUGGAGAUUGGCAUUGUGUGUAAAAACCGUACUGAAGCUUAUCACAACCUGAAACAUUUUAAAUACAAGCUGUAUCAGAAUUGCUGCUCUCUAAUGACAAGCAAUGGAUGCCAGGAUGCACCAGUCAAAGAUACAGUGUACAGAGUUUUCACACAGCAGAAUAAUAGAGGCUGGAUUAAAAGCAAUAUUCUGAACUUCAGAAGUACAUGGUACGUGCUGAAAACUUCCAAGACGAAAAAAAAGACUUGAUGUCAUCAUAUUUUUAAAAAGGCAUCUACUUACAAACGUGCUUUCCCUUGACUGGUGAUAGUAUUUGAAUAUCAUGCUGCAUUCCAGCUGUUUUUCUUUUUACUGCAAGACAAUCAAUGUGCCUGUAUGUUGUUAUGGAUACUAAUAAGUUAAUGUGUAUUUCUUUUUCAUAGUUCAUUUUAAUUAUCAAAAUAAUCAUCUAAGGACAUUUUUAUAGUGGAAGUCAUCUCUUCUGUGUUCUUGAACACCAGGCAGCUCAGCUUAAUGAUCUAAAAUGAAAAACAGUCUCUGAAUAACCCGGGUGUUCAUUCAGGAAAUGAAAUUUUAUGCGCAGUGAUGCCCAGGUGAAUUGUGCCAGUGUAUGAAAAAUGUUUGGCUUCCAUUCUUUUUGAAAGAGGAAAGGUCCACAUGGUGAGAAGCCCAAAGGCUGUAAUAUGCAUACUGCUUUCCCAGCACAGUGUUUAAAACCAGCUGUAAACCAGGUACAUUCCCACCCCCCAGGACACAGGGCAGUAACAAAUUAGCUCUCUAAAACCAACAGGCCAUCAUUGUUUAUGCAUCCUGGAGACCCAGAAUUCAUGGACUUGCAUUUAGCCGGCUGAGCGGUAAAAGAAAUAAAUAUCUUUACACUGCU